GAUAGGAGAAAUACUGCCUGCUUGAAUCUCUGGAGAGCGGCUGCCCGUCAGUUUUCAGAAAACAGCUGGAUAGUCUAACCAUCUGACUCACAACAUUGUAGAGUUUGAAGGGACCUGAAGCCUGCUGCCCUCACCAAUUCUAGAGGAAACCUCUCCAAAGCACCCAGCUGUGGCUGCUUUAAGGUGUGAUGGGGUGCAGGAUGCUGGGGGAAGCAGACCCUCCUUGACCUGUUUGGUUCAAGGUUUUUCUUGGGAUAGGGGGUGCAUAUCCCCCCACCGGUCUCUCUUUCUCUGACCUGCGCCAGCAGCCAGGCUCAGCCUCCCUCCCUCCCUUAGGGUGGGAUUGAACAGUCACAUGAGAGCUCGCUUGCCUCCUUCCCUCUCCUCGCUGUGCCAGCAGCUUCUGUCUCCCUCUCCCUCUCUCCCCCCUCGACUUGGAGCCCAGUUACUUCUGCGGCCGCCUGGCACGACGACACCGCCGUCGCCACCUCCUCCCUGGGCAGCGGCGGCGGCAGCAGCUGCGGAGAUGCACCUGUACCCACCCCUGGCUCUCCUUGCGCCCAGGUGCUGGGAGUAGGAUGGCACCGAGAGAGAAGCGAGCGGCUGCGCCGGGCACCAGGCUGAUCUGAGCCAUGCCCAGGUGCAGGGGCAAUGCCCAGUUCCUGAGUGGCGGCUGCCCGUCGGCUGGGCAUUUUGUCUGAGUGGCAAAUCCUGGAGGAGGGGCGGGGGGGGGAACCCUGGACGACCUCCUUCCCCAAUUGACUGGAGAGCAGCCCCAGAAGCUGCUGCCGAGCCAGCAAACUUUGGAGAAAAGUCUCCAAGAGGAGCCCGAGGCGGGCGCGUGUGCCCCCUUGCCCGGCAGGAGCAGCGGCAGCGGCAGCCUUGGCACCACCAUGAACGCCCCCUGCGGUGCCCUUCAGCUCCUCUUGGCUACCACCUUGCAGCUGCACUACUGCGCCGCCACGACGAUUCUGCCGCAUCCAACUAAUGAGAUGGAACCAGUUGUGGAGCCAGUUACAGAAGUGGUGAGGUUCCUGGAGGUGUUCAGCCGCAGCGCCUGCCAAGCCAAGGAGACAAUGGUAUCUCUGGACAAGGAGUACCCGGACGUAGUCAUCAGCCACCUCAUUGUGCCCUCCUGCGUGGCUCUAAAGCGCUGUGUCGGCUGCUGCGCUGAUGAAUCGGCACAGUGUAUGCCGUCCCGGACGUAUACAGUGACCAUGGAGGUGUUAUUGUUGAGCAAGUUCCAACGCAGCCACUUGCAGCAGCUGACUUUUGAGGAGCACGCUACCUGUGAAUGCAGACCAAAGGAAGUUUAUAGAUUGCCCACGCACAGCCCGUCCUGCGCGCCCUGUCCGGACAGGAAGAAGCGGGUCAACCCAUUGACAUGUGAAUGCGUAUGCAAGCGUGACUCCGUUCGUUGUCAGCAGCGUGGCUGGGAAUUCAACAAGGCCACUUGCAGGUGUGUGAAACACCGCAGGCGAUCCGGCAGGAAAGCAAAAGCGUAGCUGCAUGGGAAGCCAGGACUUGGAGGAGUUUGGAUCUUGGACCUUUCUCGGUCAGGGAUGACUUUUCUCUGGUGGGAAUGAAGCACGGGACUUGCCAAGGAGACGUCCAAUGGUCGCUGGGGAAGGAGAAGCAGUCUUCUUUAUCUACCACUGCAACACCGUACCGGAUUACCUCUCUUCACAGCUGAAGGAGGCUGUACCACACGCAAGAGCCGUACCACACUCCCACGGAAGGCAGACUGAAGGAGCAUCUCCUCAGUGUCAGGACACUGAGAUCGGUCCCGCUCAUAUUUAAAAACAACAACCGCUAACCUGGUCGUCUGUUUGUCCUGGGCCUCCCCUGGGCUGCUUCUAAUUUAUAACUGUCUCUCCUCUGAGGGAGCUUUCUUUUCUUUUCCCACCCGCCCCUCACUCGCUUUCUUCCCACGUUUUGCGGUGCGUUGCGGAAGCUUCCGGCAUCCCACCUUCUUCCAGGCUGAAGGAGAAGAGUCACAAAGAGCCGCUCUUUUAUGAGAGGGAAUAUUACUCUUAACAUAAAGAUCUGCCACUAAGACACAG